GUCAGAACAAUGACUGGAAGGCAGGGAAAUUUUAGUCCACCUGAGCAAAGACGGGGCAAAGCAACGGGAACCAGCCAAAGUGCUGGCGUGCAUUAAGUUUUACUCUGAGAAGAGUGUUAUGAUUUUUAAAACUCAAGAAUACCAGAAGCUGGACUUUCCAUUGUUCCUUCUGUCUGAUCAAGUGAAGAAGUUUUAAUGGACAGAAGAAGGAAGACACUAAAAACAAUCUUGAGCUGCAUCCUGGGAGCAGUGGCAGCCUUGUUCUUUUAUCUAAAUGCUGUAAAUAGUAACAGACUGGUAAGAAGAUGGAACCUGCCGAUUCACAGGAAAUCUCCAUCAACAACAACAACGGGAACAACAGCAGCAGAACCGCAGUGGGAGGAUCCUGGGCCGUAUCAUGUGGCUUACCCACGAAAUUACACAUUCGUCAUGGACGACACGCCUACAUGCAAGACCACGACCCCAUUUCUGAUCCUUAUGGUUCCUGUUGCACCGAGCAACGUGGAGAGUAGGAACGCCAUCCGGGAGACAUGGGGAAGUGAAAAGCUGGUUCUAGGUCAGCUGGUUGAGACUGUCUUCAUACUGGGCCUCCCCAGAGGAGACAAUGCUGAGCAGCAGCAGGAGAGACUUAAAGAGGAGAACCAGCAGCAUCAUGACCUGAUUCAGAGUAACUUCCAGGACAGCUACCGCAAUCUGACCAUCAAGACUAUGGUCAUGUUGGAGUGGCUGGCGAAGAACUGUGACAAGUCUUCCUUUGUCAUAAAGAUUGACUCAGAUGUGUUUCUUAAUGUGAAAAAUUUGGUCAAACUGUUACUGGAUCCUGGCACGUCAAAGGAAAAUUACAUGACAGGCUUGGUGUGGUGGCACAGCCCGGUUUUAAGAAACCCAUCCAUGAAGUUUUACAUGCCGACAGAUGUGAUCCCCGAGCCAGAGUAUCCCCCGUAUCCUCUGGGCAUGGCCUACGUCAUGUCUCUGGAUCUCCCUGCAAAGAUCUUGAGAAUUUCACCUCAGAUCAAACCUAUCUAUAUUGAAGACGCCUACCUGGGCAUGUGUCUGAAACGCCUCGGCAUCUCUCCCACGGACCCCCCUACGCAAAAAACGUUCCUCGUUGAUCCCAAGCAUCCUCUGAGCCGCUGCGAUCUUUCAGAAGCGAUUGCUACGAUGACAAAAAUGCUCUCGCAGAUGAAGUGGUACUGGGAGAGAAGUAGGAAGGAACAACCGUGCUCAAUUGCGCAGGUUAACCAAGAGUGAAUUUAAGGCUGUUGGUGGUGGUGGGAGGAACAGAGCAGGUAUUUAUUGUGAAAGAUUCUUGGGUAGAAGAUUUUUCCUGUUAUCAGAUCAGAUCACCAACAACCACUUUACAACCCUGCUAAGAAUAACUUUAUUGUGUCUCUUUAUGUGACACAAUAAAACUGAAAUGUCAUUGGAUGAUGUUGCGCAAGAUUUGAACAAUUUUAUCAUGAGUUGAAGAAUCCUGUUGAUUUAUUAUUUAUUAAUUUUUUGUUUGAAAAUAUUUGCAAUCUGGAAUGACACUUUUAAAAUGAUUAAUAAAAAAGACUCACAUGACUGUU